AUGGCAUCGCAAAGCAAGCGCGUCGCCAUCAUUGGCGCAGGCCCCAGCGGUCUCGUGGCGAUCAAGGAAUGCCUCGCCGCUGGGCUGACGGUGCAGUGCUUCGAGCGGGCCCACGCCCUGGGCGGCCAGUGGCUCUAUGAACCGGCGCCGACGGCGGAAACCCACUCGUCCGUCUACGCCGGGGUCAUUCUUAACAGCUCGCGCGCCAUCUCGGGUUUCAGCGACUUCCCCAUCGACCCGGCGCGGUACCCGGUACACUACUCUCACAGGCUGCAUCUGAGGUACCUGAACGAGUACGCGGCGCACUUCGGCCUGGCGAAGCAUGUUCGGUUCAACACUUUGGUAGUCGGGUGUGUACAGCGCCCCGACGGCGGGUGGGAGGUCAGAGUGCGCAGCGACAACUCGGAAGACGGUGACGGGGAGGAGGUCCUGACGUUCGACGCAGUCGUGUCCGGGAACGGGGCCUCGGGCAAGCCCCUCGUUCCUGAGUACGAAGGGAGGGAGCGGUUCAAGGGCGAGGUGCUGCACAGUCACUAUUACCGCAUCCCGAGCGCCUUUGAGGGAAAGAAGGUCGUGGUCGUCGGGCUUGGGCCGUCCGCCGUCGACAUCGCGUGCGAAGUCGCACCCCUGGCCAAAGAGCUCACCAUCAUCAACCGCCGCGGGGGGUGGAUCCUCCCCCGGUCCCUACUCGGGAAGCCGCCCGAGGCAUGGAAUAGCCGCGUCAGUCAGUGGCUUCCAGCAAGCGUGCAGGAGUGUUUCUUCCAGCUGAUCGUAGGACUCGCCGGCGGCAAGUUGCCGGCAGAGCUCCAACCGGACCAUGGUAUCACCAGCCAGGCCGUCACCAUCAGGAGUGACUUUGUGGAGAAGCUGCGGACGGGCGUGCUCUCGUUCCGCCGGUCGACGAUCGCGUCCUUCACCGAGACGGGCGUCCUCCUUGCGGACGGGACCGCCGUCGAGGCCGACGCGCUAGGCACGGGGUAUCGCAUCGUCGACCAGCCGCCCCUGCCGCCUGACGUGCUGGCGAGCGAGGACAUGCCGGCGCCUCACGUGGACCUGUACAAGAUGGUCGUCUCGCCGCGCUGCAGGGGCCUCUACGUUCUGGGGCAGACCGAGCAGGCCGGGCCCGCCAACGGGGUCGCCGAGGCGCAGGCGCGGUUCGUCGCGGCCGUCAUCGCGGGCAGGGUGCGGCUCCCGGGCGAGGAGGAGAUGAUGCGCGACGUCCGCGCCUUCCGGCGCUGGCAGCUGGCGCACUUGGUCGACUCGGAGCGGCACGCCGUGUGGGUCGAGUACGUGCCCUACGUCGACGGCCUGCUGGCGCCGCUCGGGGCCGUCCCGUCGUGCUGGAAGCUCCUCGGCCGGGUUUGGAGGCUCUUCGGCGAGGGGAGCGCGGCCGAGUUGGCCGAGGAGACGGUCCUCAGAACCGACGCGGAUGCCGAGGAGUUGAGCGAGGGAGAGAAGGCCGUCUUCCUCUGA